AUGGACACCACCAAGUCAAAGGAUGUCAUUGAAGACCUUACUCGUCAAUUGGCAGUGGAGAGAUCUAGAAACAAGACGUUGACUGAGGAGGUCAAGCAUUUGAAGGAUCAACAACUACGUAUUCAAUUAGUUACAGAGAAUGAGGAAGAGUAUAUUACAAACAAGUUUAUGAAGUACUUGAGUCAGUUGAAGAAGGAGAAGGAGGAGCUGGCACUCAAGGUCGAGCAGGAGGAGGAGUACUUAACAAAUACUCUACAAAAGAAGAUGCUUGCUAUCAUGCAAGAGAAGAUAGACUUGGAGAACAAGUUGGAGGCAGAGGAAGAGUUCAUCGUCAACAAGUUGCAGAAGCAGAUACAAUCAGUGAUGAAGGAGAAGAAGGUACUGGAGAAGCGAUUGGAAAGCGAGUUGAGUGAUCACAAGUACUUGUUGAAGCUGGAGAGUGAGGUCAUCGCCUUGAGGAAUAAGAUUAAGGAGCUAGAAGGAUCAACUGAACAUAGCAAGGAUGACAUUAUAUCAUUGAAGGCAGAGAACUUUGUACUCAGCCAAAAGAUCGUCAGAGAGCAGGAGCGCAUCAACAAGGUGAACACAGAGAACACAGAUCUGAUGACCAGACUAGAGAUUGGUGAUGAGCGUAACUUCAACAAACAAAAGAGAAACAGGAGUGUCUCUGUACCAAACGAGGUGAAGAUCACUACAUCAUUCAUUGCAAGUCCAUCACCAAAGAUGAACCCGGUGCCAAUAUCACGUGCGAGAUCAUCGUCGUCAAACAGCAACACAUGUCUGCUGCCAAAGGUGCUUCGCGAGGGCUGGCUAAAGACAAAGGUGGACAGUGGGCGCCUUGAGCGCAGAUUCUGCGAGCUGCUGUACAAUGGCGAGCUGCGAGAGUACCUGGACGACACCAAGCAGGUGCCAUUGUCGACAAUCAACAUGGACAACGUGGUCGAUAUCGUGGAGAUCCCAGGCACCCCAUCGCCUGCAUCUGUGUCCACGGCCUCCAGCAGCAUGCUCGAGCUGGUCUUCUCAUCGACGUCCAAUGCUAGCGCAUCCGAGACGGCAACGCCAUCACUCGUGGCCUGCUAUUCGAUCGACAAGGGCGAGCUCCAGCAAUGGAAGAAUCUUAUGAUCCAGUUGAUGCCCAAGCCACCAACCAUCCGCUCAUCGUCCGAGUCUUCAUGA